CCCUUUCUUUUUUUUUUUUUUUUUAUAUAUACAUAUAUAGUGUUAUUGGCUUUGUUCAUGAAAGUAUGUGUUUUCAGUAAUAUGUGAAGCCAAAAUAAGUUUUUGUUUGGUUGGUAAUGGAGUGGAUUGAAGCUUUGUUGGGGAAACAUGGCAGAAGGUUUCUUAAACGCAAGGACAGUGAUGCAGGAGAAGCAGGUCGAGCAUUAGAAGAACUCAGAGGUGCUAUAUACAAUGAUCUUCAAUCUGCAGAAGGAGCCAAGCGCCAACAGGAAAGGUUUUGUGGACCAGUUGUCGCAAUGAGCUUUAAUUUCCUGGUUUCUGUUGGAAUCAUUUUGACAAACAAAUUCGUUAUGGGGAAAAUUGGGUUUAACUUCCCAAUCUUUCUUACCUUAAUUCACUACACAGUUGCAUGGGUACUUCUUGCCAUUUUCAAGGCCUUUUCAUUGCUUCCAGUCUUCCCUGCCUCCAAGACUACUCCUUUCUCAUCUCUAUUUACUCUUGGUGUUGUCAUGUCUUUCGCCACUGGCCUCGCGAAUACAAGCCUACAACAUAACAGUAUUGGCUUCUACCAGAUGGCUAAAAUUGCAGUCACUCCCACUAUUGUUGUGUUUGAGUUCAUCCUGUUUCACAAAGCCAUUUCCUAUCAGAUGAUUCUGGCUCUAUUUGUUGUCUCAGCAGGUGUUGCAGUGGCAACUGUAACAGAUUUAGAGUUCAAUCUCUUUGGUGCAUGUAUUUCAAUAGCAUGGAUUAUCCCAAGUGCUGUGAAUAAAAUUCUGUGGUCUAAGCUGCAGAAGGAUGCUAACUGGACUGCCCUCGCAUUAAUGUGGAAAACAACUCCCGUCACAGUUUUCUUCUUACUGGCUCUGAUGCCAUGGUUGGAUCCUCCAGGAGUAUUGUCAUUUAAGUGGGAUCUUAAUAACUCUUCUGCAAUUCUAAUAUCAGCUCUCCUUGGUUUUCUCCUACAAUGGUCUGGUGCUUUGGCACUUGGGGCAACUUCUGCAAUAUCUCAUGUCGUUUUAGGGCAAUUCAAAACCUGUGUGAUUAUGCUUGGAGGCUACUUUCUGCUCAACUCAGAUUCUGGCUUUGUGAGCAUUUGUGGAGCUCUAACAGCUGUGUGUGGAAUGGGAGUUUACACAUCGCUUAGCUUGACAGAGUCCCAGAAAAGUUCAAACAAGCAGCUUCCAAAGGAAAAUGUAGCUCUACCAAAACCAAAAUCCAAUACUGAAGAUGGAAUCCAGUCAAACACAGCCAUCACCAUUGCCACAACUCUCGCUUGAUUUUAGAGCUGGGAAAGCUCUUGAUAUACAAAGCAUUUUAUGUUCACAGGAAUUUUGUUUCGGAAAUUUGGUUCUAUACAAAGACAAAUGUAUUAUUUGCUUCUUGUGUAACAUCAUUCCCACCAUCCUCUUAGGCCCCAAUUAUAGCAACAUAUCACAGGAUAAAGCAAUGAAAAUUAGGUAAGGCAAGAAGAGAAGAUACGGCAGAAGGCAACUGUUGAAUAAGGCAAGAAAGCUACUGAUAUGGCAGCCAGCCGUACAGGAAACUACUGAUAUAACAAUUUCAGAACUAAUAAUAAAGUAAGUUACCUGUUUAAGGAAGUGAAGACGGGAUUGACAUCCAGUUGUUGAUUAAGUUCCUUGUAAGCAGAGAAGCUCUGCAAGCAUGUUAUAAUCAGGCAAAGCGCCUGUUCUCAUAA